AUGUCGCCUGCGUAUGAUGUGUGCCUGGCGCUUGUGAUUUUCUUCAUCACGCCUUUGCAGGCCUUGCGGAUCGGUGCGUCGAAGGAAUGCGAAUCGUUUGCGUGCGACGUGCAGGAUGGACAUUUGCACCUAAGACAAAGUUGCGACAACCAGUUCGUGAAACACACGCCCAAAAGUUUUCAAGGGUUCUUGGAUUUUGGUUGGCAGGGCCUGAUGGCGUUCCCAGAGCAAAACUUCGCGUUCUGCACGAUACCCAAGAAUGCAUGCAGGAGCUGGUUGCGCGUACUUGAGAAGGUGUACCUCAAUGACCCAGGUUAUACACCGUCUGAUACUUUUAUCCGACUGAAAGAACACGUUCAAAGUGCAUCAGCACGAGCAGACGUGUUCAGCAAUCCCUCGGCCACUAGAGCUGUAUUUGUAAGAGACCCCAUCGCCCGUUUGGCAUCGGUUUUUUUUGACAAAUGCGCUUCCCACAAAGGGCCUUGCCCCAUAGAUCAUAAUGUGUGGGUCAGCAUUCGCAAGAUCGUGUCGUGGGCGCUGAAUGCAGACUUAGGCCCCAGUCAUUUAAACGAACAUUGGGUGAUGCAGUCUCACUUUUGCGAACUCAAGGAGCGCAUACAUGAGUAUACAUUCAUUGGCUACAUGACAAAAGAAUCCUUAACGAGGGAUGCUGCAUGCCUGUUGGAGGAAGCAGGCCUGGCAAAGUUCAAUGCAGAAUUCGUCGGCGAUGAAACACCCACUGAAAAAAACACCUGGACCAACGAGGAACGACUCCUCAUGAAGUUGUUCACGAAAGACGCCGCCAAGGAAUUGGUUCAGAAAUUCGCCGACGACUACAGCACGUUUGGUCUUCCUGAGCCUGCCUGGGUGGAGAGCGCCACGGGCGAAUGGUACGACAAGAUCCCCUCUAAUUCUUCCGCACAGCACCGCGAUAACCAAGCGGUGGAUGAAGAUGAAGAUGAUAUCCAGUUUUUACCACAUGCACGUGCUCUGACCCACACUGAGUAA